UGGGACAUCAGAUCACAUUAACAGAGUUCACUCACAAUGGCGAAAGCCCGGAUACUUUCACUUCUCUAUCCAUUGUUGCUUUCAGCUCUUGUGCUCAACUGCCACUGCAAAGAACGGAAGCUUCAUGUUGUCUACAUGGGAGGUCGGCCUCAAGAAGAUGUAUCGGUUGCAUCCAAACAUCAUGCCAUGUUGCACAGAGUACUUGGAAGUGCCUCAGCAGCCAAAGACUCACUAGUCCACAGUUACGGGAGAAGUUUUAAUGGGUUCGCAGCCAAGCUGACGCAGGAGGAAGCUGCGAGGAUUUCAGAAAUGGAAGGAGUGAUUUCGGUGAACCCAAACCGUAUAUUCAAGCAUCAUACUACAAGGUCUUGGGACUUCAUGAAUGUCACCAUAGACAAAGUUGGAGCUCCUCAGGAAUCAGAUGUCAUUAUUGGCCUCCUAGACACUGGAGUCUGGCCAGAGCACCCAAGUUUCAACGACUCAGGCUUUGGCCCUCCGCCAGCCAAAUGGAAGGGUACCUGCAUGACCGCAAAUUUCACCUGCAAUAAUAAGAUCAUCGGUGCACGUUACUACAACAGUGACAAUUCGUAUUAUUAUGAUGAUAUCCCAUCUCCACGAGACACGGAAGGACAUGGAACCCACACGGCAUCAACUGCUGCAGGGGUUGAGGUUGAAGCAAGCUACUUCGGUCUUGCCAAGGGCAUAGCAAGAGGAGGAGUCCCAAAAUCAAGAAUUGCGGUUUACAAAGUCUGCUGGGCAUUUGGGUGCAGUUCUGCAGACAUCCUUAAAGCCUUUGAUGAUGCAAUUGCGGAUGGAGUUGAUAUCAUCUCAGUUUCCUUGGGAUCGGAUUGGCCUGAUGAUUAUUUUGAUGACCCUAUUGCCAUCGGAUCUUUCCACGCCAUGAGGAACGGAAUUUUGACCUCAAAUUCAGCAGGGAACUCUGGUCCUUUCCCUGUAACUGUUUCCAACUAUGCACCUUGGUCCCUGACAGUUGCUGCCAGCACCAUCGACAGAAAGUUUGUCGCAAGAAUGCAACUUGGAAAUGGUCAAAUGUUCACUGGAAUCACCAUCAACACCUUUGAUCUCAAUGGGACUUCAUAUCCGUUAAUAUGGGGAGGAGAUGCCGCAAACUAUACCAUUGGCUCCAGUCCAGAUAUUGCCAAAUAUUGUAUAACUGGUGCUAUGAAUGCUGACAUAGUGGCUGGAAAAAUUGUUUUCUGUGAGGCCUUAUGGGAUGGUUCGGGAAUUCUGCUUGCUAAUGGUGUUGGCACCAUCAUGGCGGAUGUGCUUGUCGAGAAUCCUGAUGUUGCCUUCAGUUGGCCACUACCAGCAACAUUGAUCAGCCCUGAAGACGGAAAAAGUGUCCUGGAAUACAUCAGAAGCACAGAAAAUCCCACGGCAACCAUUUUUUACAGCGAUGAAUGGAAAGACGCCAUGGCUCCAAUUGUCGUUUCGUUUUCUUCCAGAGGACCAAGUCCCAUAUCCCCAGACAUUCUCAAGCCUGAUAUCACAGCCCCUGGUGUGGAUAUUCUUGCUGGCUGGUCCCCAUUGUCACCGUCCUCUGUCUACUAUGAUGACGAAAGGAGCACACUCUUCAACAUCAUUUCAGGCACGUCCAUGUCUUGUCCUCAUGCCAGUGGUGCUGCUGCCUUUGUCAAAUCUCUUCACCCGAACUGGUCUCCUGCUGCCAUUAAAUCAGCCCUCAUGACUACAGCUUAUGUCAUGGACCCGAGGAAACACGAAGAUCUUGAAUUCGCUUAUGGUUCUGGUCAAAUCAAUCCAACUGCUGCAAGGGACCCUGGGCUAGUAUUCGAUGCAUCCGAAACAGAUUACAUAAACUUCCUCUGCAAACAGGGCUACAACACUUCCACUCUCAGGCUAGUCACAGGAGACAACAGCACUUGUGCCAGCACAACACCUGGACGAGCCUGGGAUCUUAACUACCCAUCAUUCUCCCUGUACGUUGAAGACGGCCAGCCAAUUACGGGCACCUUCACCCGUACAGUGACCAAUGUCGGUGCAGCAAACUCAACCUACAAGGCCAGCUUGUACAUGCCAGCCUUGAUCAGUGUUACAGUAGAACCAUCUGUUCUCACAUUCUCAGCCAUUGGAGAAACCCAAACUUUCACCGUUAAUGUCACCGGGCCGGCCAUCUCACAGCAUCCGAUCACAUCAGGCGCGAUCACAUGGACAGACGGAACACACGUGGUCAGGACACCACUCGUCGUCUACAACUAUAUCCCCGGUGCUCCAUACAAUCUUGACUCGGGCGAGUCCAUGGCUCCAGGAAGUACUCCAACGUUCCAGCGUUCUUCCGUAUAUCAGAAAAUUGGAAGCAUUGGACAUCGCCAAAAACAUUCUUAAUUCUAAGGAUUAAGCCUAACCAGUGAGAGGGCAGCAUGCAUGCCAACUUUUCAUUUCAUAAUUGGGAUGAUAAUAUUAAUAAUGAUGUAUGUGUGUAUGCAUCAUCGAACAUGGCAAAGCUGCGUUCAAUUAGAUGCCUGCAGACUGUUUAUUUCCGUGUUUGGAUGUGAAGGCAACUUUGAUGAUGAGGCAAUUAAGUGUUGAUUAUGCCUCUAUGAGAAUUGUAAAAUUCCAACAACAAUAUUAAUAAGACCGUUGCCUCUUGUUACAGAAAGACA